CCUCACGUGACUCCAUCGAGCGGGUCGGCAAAUGACUCUGCCGAGGCGGGUGGCUCCGUCCUCUUCCUCGCUUCGAAAGGAGCGGGCUUGCCAUUGGUCGAGACGGCUCCCUCACGUGAUUCAGCGAGCCAAUGGGCGCGGCGGAAGAGUUCCUCUCAGAAGGGAUCCAAGAUGGAGGCCUGUGUGAUGCUCCUGCUGGUGUUUUCCGUCGCGGCCGCGUCUCCUCAGCGCUACACGCCGGACUGGGAGAGCCUGGACUCGCGGCCGCUGCCCGGCUGGUUCGACGCGGCGAAGGUGGGCGUCUUCGUGCACUGGGGUGUCUUUUCGGUCCCGGCCUGGGGCUCGGAGUGGUUCUGGUGGCACUGGCGGGGCGAGCAGCAGCCUGAGUACGAGCGCUUCAUGCAGGCCCGUUUCCCGCCGGGCACCACCUACGCCGACCUCGCGCCCCGCUUCACCGCCCGGGACUUCCAGCCCGAGGCCUGGGCCCAGCUCUUCCAAGAGGCCGGCGCCAGAUAUGUGGUGCUGACCACAAAGCAUCACGAAGGCUUCACCAACUGGGGUUCCCCCAUGUCCUGGAACUGGAACUCAGUAGAUACAGGGCCCCAUAGAGACUUGGUGGGAGAACUGGGAGAUGCCCUCCGAAAAAGGAACAUACAUUAUGGGCUGUAUCACUCCCUCUAUGAAUGGUUUCAUCCACUUUAUUUGCUGGACAAAAACAAUGGAUUCAAGAGUCAAUUUUUUGUCUCUGAGAAGACUAUGCCAGAGCUUUUUGACCUUGUUUUAAGGUACAAGCCGGAUCUCAUCUGGUCUGAUGGAGAAUGGGAAGCUCCAGAUACAUACUGGAACUCAACUAAUUUCCUUGCCUGGCUUUACAACGAUAGUCCAGUCAAGGACACUGUGGUGGUGAAUGAUCGAUGGGGCAUCAAUUGUUCCUGCCAUCACGGAGGCUACUAUAACUGUCAAGACAAAUACAAGCCUGGCACGUUGCCCAGCCACAAGUGGGAGAUGUGCAGCUCCAUUGACAGGAGGUCUUGGGGGUAUCGAAGUGACAUGCAAAUCUCUGAGCUUAUGGAUGAGACCAGCAUCAUUACGGAACUUGUGCAAACUGUGAGUUAUGGAGGAAACUAUCUCCUCAACAUCGGACCCACAAAGGAAGGGGUGAUUGCUCCAGUCUUUCAGGAACGGCUUCUGGCUCUUGGGAAGUGGCUGAGCAUUAAUGGAGAGGCCAUUUACGAAUCAAAACCAUGGAGAGUCCAAAAGGACAAUGACAGUGACAGCACUUGGUAUACUUCAAAGGAAGCAGUAGUCUAUGCUAUCUUCUUGACCUGGCCAGAAAACAAUAUGUUGACGCUUUCAUCCCCUGUCCCAUCUGCAAGCACUCAGGUGACAAUGUUGGGGCUCUCUGACCCAUUGAAAUGGCAGGCCUUGCCAGACAAGGGUCUGGAGGUGGCUCUGCCCUUGACCAUCCCUUCCCUGCUUCCUCUGCAAUGUGGCUGGUCUCUGAAACUGGUUGGUGUCUCUUGAUGGCAAAGCAGGAUGAGAAUCAAGGCACUCCCAGAGAUGCCACUGUGAUUAGUGGCACAAACAGGAUUAAGACUUAAACAAAUCAUUGUUGAAUGAAGCAAAAGCUUUAUAUGUUAACCGUCCUCUAGUGUUGCGUUUUAAUCAGGAAGGAUUGAAGAAGCAACUGUCUUCCAACAUGAUUUAAUUUGCCUUGAGCACAUUUCCAAACUGCCAUAAUAUAUGAACUAUUGCUUGUAUGGAACGAGAACCAUCUCUAGAGAUUUCAAGAGAAUUCUCUAGGACUGUUGUGAGACCACCAUUGUGGUGCUGUUUAUUGCCUUUUUAAAAAUCCAUCAUUCAACUCUGGCUUCCAAUCUGCUUUGGUGGAGUUGGGAGUUUUCUUAUUUCUACCUGAGAUUGUGAAAGAUCCUACAGAGUUUUUGGUCAAGAUAAAACAAGAAGCCUGGAAACAGAGUCAUUAACAGGUGAAUUCCAAAGGGAAGGGAUCACAGAGUCCAUUCAGGUUGCUGUUGGCAUGCCAUCACAGUUUUAGAGCAAAUACUCAAAUACCAAGCAUUUCGUUUUGGAGACUAGAUGGGAACAAAAAACAACAUAGUUCUUGGGAAACAUUGAAGUUAUGACGUCCAAUGCCAGGAGUCUGCCAUUGGGCAAGCUUGCUUAGGCAAGUUGAGAGAGAGCCCAAAUGAUCAGGAUGACUUGUUUGGUAAGGAAUGAGACAUUUUUAUGAGGAUUACAUCCAAUGAAAUCUCGACAUAUUAACAAAUGAAUGCAAAGUGUCCAGCUGAGUAGCCUGUAGAGUAGAUAUCUCUUGGCUUUCUUAUGCAUUCACACAGUCAAAUGAGGUAUACUGCCUUGAAUGAUCCAACAUUCAUUUUGUCAUAAAUAAUACUAUGUUAUUUCUUUAACUUGCACCUUUCAUCAAACCUUCUCCAGAGGCAUGUCUCCCACAAAAUAUUUUCCCUAUGAAUGACUCUUGUUUCAUUUGCCUUUUGUGAAUUAUUCUUUCAUAAUGUGAACUGUCCUUUAGAUAAUCAAACACACAAUAUGUGUUCUUGCACUUGUACUCUGUCCCUUGGAAUAUGUUCUUAUAGUUGGACCAGCUAUAAUUUUUGAUAUAAUUUUUUUCAGUUUUGCUACAGCAUCAUCUAGUAUUGGAUUAAAAUGCAGGGGACUUGGCAUUCAGUUUUGACACUGCAAGGAGAUUAUGCACUGGUUAUUUGCUUUUCGUGUGGAAUGCAGACUGGUGGCCAUGAAUUAUGAAGGAAAGCUUGAUCAGUACAGUUAUCCCAUCCAGGAAUGCUGUAGUGAGAGAAAGUAUGCACUUGCUUAAGAAUGUUUGGAUUGCUACUAAAUGGCUGGUUAUUCUAGGGCAGGAAAGGCGAAACAGAAAGGAGAGCCCAUGGACAGAUUUCGAGAAAUAAAAUAUGACACUGCUGCAUGUAUGAACAUAAAUUCAUUCAGAUUCUUUUCUAAAACAGCUUGGUUGAACCAAACUGCAAAUUGUCCUUCUCGUAUACAUUGCUGCUGGAUAUCAAUCGCAGUGCCUUUUUUGUUCACUUUUGUACCUGAUUUCAUGUCACUUGCUUUUUAUAAAUAAAAACUUGAAUCCGAAUAAGAA